AUGGCGCAGCAGGGACCGCCCGAGAUGGACCGUCGUCGGCGCGCGAGCUCCAACUACUUCGAGCUCGACGCAGACCGUCGUCGCAACAAGUCGGAGCGCUCUGCGCGCUUGAGCACGCGGCUCAAUUCCAUGGACAUGACGCAGUCGGGCAUCAAGGGCACGGCCACGCCGUCGGACGACGAGACGGCCAUUGAUUACUGUUGCGAGGUUUUAAAGGCCAAAUUUGGGUUUCAAGAGGGUUCGGUGAGCAACCAGCGCGAGCACGUGCUGUUACUUUUAGCCAAUGGCAAAGCGCGCUGCGUCGCCACGGACCCCGUGGACCAGCACCUGGUGCACUUGGCCGACAAGUUGUUUACGAAUUACCGUCCGUGGUGCAAGUUCAUCCAUACGAAACCCGUGACGUACACGGGCCAUGGCAUUCCUACGGCCACGCCGUCUGCCCACUUGUACAUGGACGUCAUGUUGUACUUUCUGAUCUGGGGCGAAGCUGCCAACAUUCGUCACAUGCCCGAGUGUAUGUGCUACCUCUUCCACCAGAUGUUGACGGACAUGAACGCGGACCCGCAGAGCUGCGACAAGCAGCCCGAGGGGUGGUACUUGGACCAGGUCAUCCGCCCCAUUUGGCGCGAAGCCAGCAACAUGAAACGCCGCAAUGCGUUGGGGAAACCGCUGGAACACGUGAAAAUUCGGAAUUACGACGACAUUAACGAGUACUUUUGGAAACCGCAUUGUUUGAGUAUCGAUGUCACUCGCGUGGGGCAAGAGCUCACGCAGAACCACGGCAAGACGUUUUACGAACACCGCAGUAUCUUCACGAUGAUCUUGAAUUACUACCGCAUCUUCCAGUUCAACAUGAUGUUCCUCGUCUUAUUGACCGUCCUCGCGUUUGCGGUCACGAUCUCACCGAACGGCGGCGAAAGCGGCUGGUCGGAAUUUGCCGAACUAGGCAGCGUCGUGAGCCCGUACUCGACGCGCGACUUGAAGCUCGGGAUCGUGUCGAUUCCCCUGAGUCUGAGCCUCAUGGCGUUUCUCAAGUGCGUCAUGGAAGUGUGUCACGGCUGGCACUUGUUGAUGUCGAAAGAGAGUUCGGCGACGAGCUCGCGCUCGUUGUCGUACGGCUCGGCGCUGACGAGUCGGAUCGUCUGGAACGGCGGCUUUGCCGUCUUGUUUGGCAUUAUGAUUUACGUGCCGUUGAACGAGGACAGGGACACGGUGCUGCUGGACAAUCUGUACCCACUUUGUGGCGCGUAUAUACUGCCGGGCGCGCUCGUGCUUUUGACGCAAGCUAUUGCACCGCAGCUCAUUAAUGGCACAUUUGCUGCUAAAUUCGUGCGAGAAGGCGCGAGUUGCUACGUGGGCCAAGACAUGACGCCGCCGUUUGCGUUCCGAGUCAAGUACACGAUCUUCUGGCUGCUGUUGUGGAUUGUGCAGGGGGUGACGUCGUACUUCAUUUUGGUUCGUCCUCUCAUUCUGCCGACGCUGAGCAUUUACGCCAUGUCGCUGAAUUACCAGAAUUCACUCGUAUCGUUCUACAAUGUCGGCAUUCUCAUUGCCUUGUGGCUACCGGUCGUGUUUAUUUUCAACUACGCGCCGCAGAUUUAUUUCACGAUUUUCCAAGCACUGCUGGGUGGUUUCCAGGGCGUUCUCAUGAAGACGGGUGAGAUUCGUGGCGCCAAGGAAAUGACCAAGGCUUUCCGUGUGGCGCCCCAGCUGUUUGACCAGAAGGUCGUGACGGUGCUAGCGCGCUCGAGCGAUGCGCCCCCCAGUAGCGCUGACUCCACUCGAUCUAGCGUCGUGGCAGCAGCGUACGAGUCGCAGAUGAUGUUGCGGUUCGUGGUUGUCUGGAAUGAAAUUGUGAAUUCGUUUCGCGAAGGCGAUUUGCUCGACGAUAAGGAAGCUGCGAUUCUUCAGUAUGACAUUCGAAGCACUGGGGAAGUGUUCGAGCCGGUGUUUCUGUCGGCUGGCAAACUCACCGAAGCAAUGGGGCUGAUGAUCAAGACUGCGAAGGAUGGCAAGGGCGAAUCGCAGCUCCGCGUGACGCUUGUGGAGAACGACUGCCUUUCAGCCAUUCGUUCUUUUUUCACGGCUAGUAUGUACGUGGUUGGCGCUCUGUUUGGCAACGACGAUGCCGAUGUGAUUGACGGGUUUCGUUCGGUCGAGGAGAUUGCUUCGAGUGGCGGUUUUUUGAAGUCGUUUAACGUUCGUGAGGUGUUGAAUCUGCGGACUGCAGCCGUGGACCUCCUCGAAGAGAUUUUGGACCUGCCGGAUCCGGAUGUGCAGUCGCAGCACAUUCCGAACGCUCGUGUGCACUCGAUGGGUGUGAUUCGCAACUUUGUUGCCAAGAUGGAGGUUUUCUUACAGAGCGUGCAGUCGUUUUGCAUCGAUCCCGCUUUGCAGCGCAAGUUUAACAACUCGAAGUUCUGCUCUAGCGCCAAUGGAUACAUGUAUGCAUCGCGCGGACUCGUGAACCUGUUUUGCAGCGAUACGGCCAUGGGUGCUGCCACACGUGCCUGCUUGCUGUUGUCUCUGGACCGCUCGGAGGCCAUGCCGCGUACCACGGAGGCUCAGCGUCGUCUCGGCUUUUUUAUGAAGUCACUUGUCAUGGAUAUUCCGCAAUUGCGUUCCAUCAAGGAGAUGCGCAGUUUUUCGGUCGUCACUCCGUUCUACGCCGAGACGGUGUUGUUUUCAUUGAAAGACUUGAAUGACCCUCUUGUGAACCACCCGAUCUUCCAGCAGGUCGAGGAAGACGGUAAGAACUUGACGAUUCUGAAGUACCUGACCAAGAUUCAUCAGGAGGAAUGGGACAACUUCUUGGAGCGCGUGGAUGUUAGCUCUGCCGAGGAAGCUCAGAAGAACCAUCCUGAAGAAAUUCGUUUGUGGGCGUCGUACCGUGGUCAGACGCUGGCCCGUACGGUGCAGGGUAUGAUGAUGUAUGAAGAUGCGAUCAAGAUUCUACAUUGGUUGGAAAUCGGCUCCAGCCCUGGCAAGUCCGCCGAGCAGAAGCAAAGUCAGUUGCAAGACAUGGUUCGUCUCAAGUUUUCGUAUGUUUGCGCUUGUCAGGUGUACGGCAAGCACCGUGCCGAAGGUAAAACUCAGGCCGCAGAUAUUGACUAUCUGCUGCGCGAGUAUCCUAAUUUGCGUGUGGCUUACGUGGACACGGUGGAGAGCGUCGAUGGCGAGAAAUCUUUCGACACCGUGCUGAUAAAGAGUGAAGCCGAUGACAUUGUUGAAGUGUACCGCUAUUCGCUACCGGGAGAUCCGAUCUUGGGCGAAGGCAAGCCAGAGAACCAAAACAACGCUACCCCGUUUACGCGCGGUGAGUUUGUGCAGACGAUCGAUAUGAACCAGCAGCACUACUUUGAAGAGUGCUUGAAGAUGCCGCAGCUUUUGUGCACAGCCGACUUGCACCCGUCGAAGAAACCAGUUUCGAUCAUCGGUAUGCGCGAGCACAUUUUCACGGGUAACGCUAGUUCACUUGCAAAGUUCAAGACGUGGCAAGAACUGGUGUUUGUGACACUGUCACAGCGUGUGCUAGCCGACCCUCUGUAUGUGCGUAUGCACUACGGUCACCCAGAUGUGUUCGAUAAGGUGUUGGCCAUCACGCGCGGAGGUGUGUCGAAGGCUAGUAAAGGUAUCAAUCUGUCCGAAGAUGUGUUUGCCGGUUUCAACACGACUCUGCGUGGCGGUGUCGUGACGCACGUGGAGUUCAUGCAGUGUGGUAAGGGCCGUGAUGUGGCUCUGUCUCAGAUUUCGAUGUUUGAAGGUAAGCUGGCGAAUGGUGCUGGCGAAACUUCACUAGCUCGUGAGGCCCAUCGCAUGGGCCAGUUUAUGGAUUUCUGCCGUUUGAACUCGAUGUUCUACUCCCACACUGGGUUUUAUUAUGCGACAUGGAUGACGAUUGUGACGACAUUCGUGUACAUGUACUGCAAGGUGUACAUUGCGUUAUCUGGCGUGCAGACGCAGAUUGUGUACAACAUGAAUACGACGGCGGUCAUUAUGGAAAAUGCAUACUCGCACGGUUUUGACGAGCGCGUUUUCCACGACAUGGAUUCCGUGUACAACACGCAGUAUUACAUUCAGGCUGGUCUGUUCUUGUCGCUGCCGCUGAUUUGUGUAUACUUCGCCGAAAUGGGGUUGCGACGCGGUCUUGUGCAAUUUUUGGAGAUGGUCUUUACGGCUGGUCCAGCAUUCUUUAUCUUCCAGCUUGGAACGACCAUGCACUUUUUCGACAACAAUUUGCUCCACGGCGAGGCCCAAUACAAGGCUACAGGACGUGGGUUUAAGAUCACGCGUGAAACGUUCGUUUUGCUGUACAAGGCGUACGCUCUGAGUCAUUAUCGCAAAGCUAUGGAGCUGAUCGGUCUGUGUUUGAUCUACCUUGCAUUUGGCCAGUUCAACAUUUGCGACACUUCCGUUGCUGGUGAUGUCAACUCGUUCGCUUAUGAGUACUGUGAGACGUCGCAGAGCUUUGGUGUGCAAACGUUUGCUAUUUGGGUCAUUGCCGUGGUGUGGUUACUAUCUCCGUACAUUUUCAACACCGAUGGUCUGGAUUGGGAGAAGACAAAGGUUGAUGUGUCGGCGUGGGCAAAGUGGAUGUACGCUUCCGAAGACUACACGGAUGAAGACGCGGUCAUGGUCGGUGGGUGGAUCAGCUGGUGGAAGGGCGAGCUCAAGUUGUACCACAACACGAAGCCGAUCGCCCGUCUGACUGUCAUUUUGCGUGAGUGCCGUCACUUCGUGCUCAUGUGGUACGUGGUGGCGCUCGAGUGGGAGUUUGUCACCGUGGCUCUAGUUUUUGCUGCCGCUGUCCUUACGGUUGUGGCAAUGGGCCUAUCGCGACUCACGGGCAACUGUUUCCGCAAUGUACACUCAUCGAUACGCGCGGUCACUUACCUGUUCAUGGUGGUGUUUGCGCUUGUCGUGUUUUUGGUCGCUACUAUGGUCGUCUUCGAACUCAGCUUCGUUCGAACCCUUUCCCUAUUCUUCGGCUACAUGGCGGCUCUGUACGGCAUUAAUGAAAUGGCGCGCAUGUAUAGUUUCGCCAACUCGUCAAUCGCGACGAUAGGCACGUUCCAGCAGCUUGCGUUCUUCUUCGACUUCAUCUUUGCAGUGGCUAUGAUUUUCCCGCUUUUGGUGAUGUCAGCCGUCCCAUUUCUGAACAUCGUUCAGACGCGAAUGAUGUACAACAAGGGUUUCUCUGAAGUCGUAUCAGCCUCGUCACAGUACGCGUUCUCUCUUGCUGCCUUUAUGGGAGUGCUUGGCGGGAUUGGAUGUGGUUGGUUGUUCCACUUGUUUACAACUCUGGAGAGCACUGCCGGUUUCCUGAGCUACGCUACGACGUACAGGCUACUUGACGACUAUGUUGGUCAUGGUAUGGUAACGUAUUCGUUCUACCUUUCUUGCGUGGGUGGGACGUUUGUCGCUGGCAUUAUGAACUACUUCAUUGGUCGUCGUCUGUCGAUCGUUCUCGGCGGUUUGUUGACGGUACUUGGCAUGCUUGGCGUGAGCGCCGUGCAGUCUGGCGGCGGAGGAUUUCUGAUACCGGGCGUAUGCUUACUUGGUGUCUCGGUUGGCGUGCUUCUACCCACGCUGGUUGCGUACAUUUACGAGAUUUCAACUCGUGACAUGCGCGGCAAGGCUCUUCUUCUGCUCGGAAGCGGCUUUAUUCUUGGCAUCUUGUUUGCUGCUUGGUUCUCCUCCUCGUCGAAAGAUCUUGGUUGGGUUUGGCAAGUGUUUAUUGCCACUCUGAUUCUCUCAAUCAUGACACCGGCGGUGUACAUCUUCCCAGAGAGUCCGUACUGGGUGUACAUGCGCGAGGGUUUGGAUUCGUGUGAGCGAUGCCUUGCCGUGUUGCGUCGUAAGGAGGGAGUGUCGGAGGAGCUACGCAUGAUUCGUGAUGAAGAGACUGGCGGCGAUGGCACGAGUGCCAGCCCCGGCACUUUAUUCUUCAAGUUCUUGACGGGCUUGUUCUUGAUGCUGGUAUCCAGCGUGUUUCUCGGAUGUGUGAACAUGUACUUGUCCGACACGUUUCGUGGUAUAGACGACGCUACCUACAUGUUUGUAAACUGCGUGGGGAUUCAGUUUCUCGGUGCGCUCUUCUCGUUCUUCUUCAUGGACCGCAUCGACCACAAGCGUAUUUUGUUCUCUACAUUGCUGCCGAUUGCAACUUUGGUUUGCGUCUUGGGAGUGUACUGUAUGUCGGAUUCCAUGAGCGGUGACAGCGAGUAUGUGAUGCUGCAGAUUGUGGGUCUACUGCUGUACUUCUUCGCUGGUUUGGGAAUCACCUCGGUGCCAUGGGUCUCGUCCGUCGGCCUGUUCACGACAAAGCAGCGCGCGGUCACCGUGACCGUGUACUUUAUGGUGUUUUUCCUGCUGCCCGUUUACGCCACUUACGUCCGGUCCAAUGAUACAGCCGGCGACGAGUACUACUACCUGUUCGCAUUGACUGGCUGCUGUGUCGUGUCAAUGGGGCUUCUCUUCACUGUGGGCACUCUCAAGAACGGCAUGGUGUGCACAAAGAGUGAGAUGGAGAUCGAGCGCACACGUCUGCGCCGCAUCCGCGCGUCUCGUCGCAGUGUCCGCACGCCAGGUAGCGCGCGCUCCAAAAACUUCAGUCGCUCGCGCGCGAAGUCUCAUUCGAACUACCAGAUGUUCGAGUCUCCUGCCGGCAGUGCGCCGUAG